AUGCCUCUGUGUGAAAAAAUAGCCAUGGACACAGAGUAUCCCAACCAGACAGCAGUGAGCUACUUCUUCCUGGAGGGUCUGAUGUAUGCAGCUGAACAUCCUGCCCUCUUCUUCCUCCUUUUCCUCUUCAUCUAUAUCAUCACCAUGACCGGGAAUUUCUUGAUUCUCAUAACUGUGGGUUCUGAUCUUCAUCUCUGCUCCCCCAUGUACCAUUUCCUGGGGCACCUCUCCUUCUUGGAUGCAUGUUUGUCUACAGUGACAGUGCCCAAGGUAACAGCAGGUCUCCUGACACUGAAUGAGAAGGUGAUCUCCUUUGAGGGUUGUGCUGUCCAGCUUUACUGCUUCCACUUCCUGGCCAGCACUGAGUGCUUCCUGUACACUGUCAUGGCCUAUGAUCGUUACCUGGCUAUCUGUCAACCCCUGCACUACCCAGUGGCCAUGAAUAGGCAAAUGUCUGCAGGGCUGGCUGGGAUCACCUGGACCAUCGGUGCUGUGCAUUCUGCAAUCCAUACCUCCCUCACCUUCCACCUGCCCUACUGUGGGCCUCACCACAUUGCCUACUUUUUCUGUGACAUUCCCCCUGUACUGAAGCUAGCCUGUGCAGAAACCGCCAUCAAUGAGAUUGUCAUACUUGCCAACAUUGGCAUUGUGGCUGCAGGCUGCCUGAUCCUCAUCGUCAUAUCCUAUAUCUUUAUUGUGGCUGCUGUGUUGCAGAUCCACACAGCCGAGGGCCGGCAGCGUGCCUUCUCCACAUGCACUGCCCACCUUACAGUGGUGUUCAUGUACUACAUGCCACCUGUCUGUAUCUACCUGCAGCCUCGAUCCAGUGGGGCAGGAGCUGGGGUCCCUGCCGUCUUCUACACAGUAGUUACUCCAAUGCUCAACCCUUUCAUUUACACUCUUCGGAACAAGAAGGUAAAGUGAGCUCUGGGAAGGUUUCUGUGCCAAGUGUCCCAGGAGUCUUCAGUCGGCACCUCAGCUCCCUAA